CAGAGACAAGUCGAGCGAUCUCUCGGCGGCGUUAAUCGAUACCAUCUUUCGUUGAUUGAUUCUCUGCAUCGAGAGAGAGAUGUGGGUUUUCUAUCUGAUCUCGUUGCCACUAACCCUAGGAUUAGUUGUUUUCACGCUCCGUUACUUCGCCGGACCGGAGAUUCCUCGGUACGUUCUUAUCACCGUUGGAUACACCUGGUUCUGCUCUGUCUCCGUUAUCAUCCUCGCUCCUGCCGACAUUUGGACGACAUUGUCUCUGCAACCUGAUCAUCCUGAGAAUGGCGCAAUUUCCUUCUUAUGGAGUUGGUCAUACUGGAGUACGUUUCUACUCACCUGGGCUGUGGUGCCCCUUAUUCAGGGUUUCGAAGAUGCUGGAGACUUCACCGUGUCAGAGCGAUUGAAAACUAGCGUCCAUGUGAACUUAGUUUUUUAUCUAGUACUGGGAUUCAUUGGUCUUCUCGGUCUUAUCCUUCUCAUCAUGAUGCACAGGAACUGGAAAGGAAGCAUUUUGGGUUAUGCUAUGGCAUGUUCAAACACUUUUGGGCUGGUCACUGGUGCAUUUCUUCUUGGCUUUGGCUUGAGCGAAAUACCUAAGACCCUUUGGAAGAAUGCAGAUUGGAUCACUCGCCAAAAAGUUCUCUCGCACAAAAUUGCCAAAAUUGCUGUGAAACUUGAUAAUGCCCAUCAAGAACUUUCAAAUGCGAUUGUGGUUGCUCAAGCGACUUCAACUCAAAUGUCCAAGCGUGAUCCUAUGAGACCAUACAUGAAUGUUAUAGAUGCUAUGCUGGCUAAAAUGUUCAGGGAAGACCCAUCAUUUAAGCCACAAGGUGGUCAAUUGGGCGAAAAUGAUAUGGACUAUGACACAGAUGAGAAAUCGAUGGCAACGUUAAGACGGCACCUUCGAAAUGCUAAGGAUGAAUAUUAUAGAUAUAAAAGUGAGUAUCUAACUUAUGUCACGGAGGCCCUUGUUCUUGAAGACACAAUGAAGAAUUAUGAACGCCGUGAUGCAACUGGAUGGAAAUACAUUUCGAGCUUCAGAGCCACUCGAACUGGGAAAAUGGGGAAUCUUCUCGAUACAUUGGAAUUUAUGUGGAGGUGUAUACUGAAGAAACAAAUUCAGAUGGUGUUGGCGAUAAUUAUGGGGAUCAUGUCUGCUGCAAUUCUUUUAGCAGAGGCAACUCUCCUUCUUAGUAAACUGGACUUGUCCCUCUUCUCAAUACUUAUAAGCUCUGUCAAAUCCGAUGAACUGCUAGUGCAGGCAUUUGCUUUUGUACCUUUGGUUUAUAUGUGCGUCUGUACAUAUUAUUCACUUUUCAAAAUUGGGAUGCUGAUGAUUUAUUCCUUGACUCCUCGACAAACAAGUUCUGUGAAUCUACUAAUGAUUUGCUCGAUGAUUGCUCGAUAUGCGCCACCAAUAUCUUACAAUUUUAUUAAUCUCAUUCAACUUCAUUCCGAGACUAUAUUUGAGAAGAAAAUGGGUAGAAUUGAUGAUGCUGUCCCGGUAUUUGGACAACGGUUCAAUGAAAUCUAUCCUCUCAUAAUGGUUAUCUACACAUUGCUAGUUGCAAGCAAUUUCUUUGAUCGCAUAUUUAAUUACUUCGGUAGCUGGAAAAGAUUUAGAUUUCAAACAGAGACCGAGGAUACGGACGGAUUUGAUCCUUCGGGGUUAAUGAUUCUUAAAAAAGAACGAACCUGGCUCGAAGAAGGACAAAAAGUCGGCGAGCAUGUUCUUCCACUAGCGAGGAACUUCAACGAUGUUGACAUUGAACCAGGAAGCAAUUUUUCUGAAAAUUCAUCUGUUGAAAUGAAGAUGUCGUCGAGCUAUGACAUAGACACAGUAAAAGGAAGUUCAUCAAAAGACGAUAUGUCCCGUAAAUACGGAUCAGCUAGAGAAGCAAUCACUAACAAAUACGCAGCCAUUAGAGAACAACAGAACAAACACUCGCCAUCUUCUAUGACAAAGCCAGAGAACAUGGCUUCAGCUAAAGUGUCCUUACUCGAAACAGACGAUUCGGGUCCAAGUAAUGGUCAAGGAUCAGGAGAGCCAUCUUCUCGUCUGGCUUCCACAUGGAGAAACAUGAAACUAGGAAUCCAGAGUUUUAAAGAGAAUGUAGCUACAAAGAAGUUUCUUCCACUAAGACAAAGCCCAGAAACAACAACACUAACAGGCACAAGAGUAGUGACUUCAUCAGCGCCACAGUCGCUAGAUGAGAUAUUCCAGAGACUGAAAAACCGGUCUGUAGAACACGGGCACUACCUCGAUGAUGAUGAUGAAGUUUGACUAUGAAGAUGAUGUCCAUAGGUGAUGAAAAUUGAAAAGAACUCUGCAUUUUAACAAAACCUGAGUGAGAGAAAGCGAAGCAAACAUCAGAUUUGUUCUGUUCACCAUAGUAUAGAACAAUUUUACAAGAAACAGCUAAUUUGGGA